UACUGGCGAUUUUCCAUUGACAUAAAAUGGAACAGUUGAUUGUGACCUAAUUCAUAGCAGUAUAGCACAUGAUAAGGAGAAGUUUUCCUAUUGAGAAUUGAUUUUUAAGUAAUGGGAGACCAUUUUGUAUUACUGGUAGACCGGUUGCUCACUGAAUCCACGCUAGAAGCUGCUAUACAGUGUGGAAACUCAUUGCAGGAUCCUUCGAGCCCUUUUGGAGAUAAGAGAACUGACUUUAGUUCCCAUAAGAUGGAAAUUAAUGUAAAUUCAUCUCCAGCAGAAUUAGUACAGUGUAGGAUUUGCCAUGAGGAAGAUGAAGACUCUAACAUGGACAUACCCUGCUCUUGCCUUGGAAGCCUCAAGUAUGCUCACCAUGAAUGUGUUCAAAAGUGGUGUAAUGAGAAGGGUGAUAAUAUCUGUGAAAUUUGCUGCCAGCAAUACAAGCCAAGUUAUACUGCUCCGCCGCCUUUGCUGUAUUAUGGUGGGAUCCCUUUGCACUUGAGGGGUUUCAGAGGACAUUGGGAGAUUUCCAGAGAAGACCUUAGCAAUCCUGAAUUGUCUCCUACAGAUCCCUACAAUUUUAUAAACCAACAAGAUUCAGAUGAGUAUUCGGAACAUGCUACUCAAAGCUUGAUAUGUUGUCGAUUUGUCGCUAUAAUUUUUACAGUUCUUCUGAUGGUUCGUCAUACUCUACCCAUUUUCAUCAGUGUUGUAGGAGAUGACUCUAUGCCUUUGCUUGAAGUACUUAUGCUGAGUAUUGGGAUCGUGUUGCCAAUAUACAUAAUGGUGAAGGCUUUUAUUGCAACCAGGAACAGAAGACGACAACAUCAGGAUGUCCGAAGCAGCUCCGACAAUGCAAUGACAAACGAACCACCCCAACUGCAGCAGCCUCUGCCACACCUCAUACAUAUUCAUUGACGACAACUAUCUUACAAUUCUGCUUUGCCAUGUGAUUUAUAGCCUUUAUUUUUUAGGCAAUGUACAUAUCUAAACGCUGUACAGACUCACAUAGGCUGUAUACACUAUUUCUUUACAAGCAUUAAAGUGAACUAGUGAUAUUCUUAAUAGAAUAUUUGCUUGAGGAGUCUAAUGACAUAUGCCGUUGUACCUCCAAAUACUUGGACUCACUUCUCAAAAGUGCAAUUUUUGAAAAGGGGGAAUUUCGUCAUAAGAAUUCCC